AUGCCUCUCCCCCAAGCUUUCAUCCCAACCGUCCCACUCCUCCGUCUACGCUGUCCCCGCUCCCAUGCCCGCCGCCGCUCCCGCUCACGAACCUCUUAUCUUAUGACUGCCUCCCCACAGUCUCAGACUCCCUCCCCACGCUUAGAAGCCUUCCUGAACAGUUCCGAAGAAGGCAACCCCUUCCUUGGUUUGCAGCGUGCCGACGCAGCCUUUGCCGCUCUCAAGUCCCGCACCCGCACCCCACCCAAAUCCCCCCCCUUCGUACAGACCUUCCCCACUGCCGUUCGGGCAUCAAACGAUGCCCCCCAUUUCGACGUCCUUGUCGCAGGAGGUACCCUAGGCGUGUUUUACGCCACCGCUCUGCAGGCCCGUGGCUGGCGCGUCGCCGUAGUGGAGAGAGGGCCCCUUGUCGGGCGGACGCAAGAAUGGAACAUUUCUCGGGACGAACUGCAGGCCUUAGUCGUCAAUUCGGUCUUGUCGGAAGACCAGCUCGCGAAGAUCAUCGUCACUGAGUUCACAGAACCGGGGCGCAUCGGAUUUGCAUCACAGGAGGGAGAGCAACGGGAGCUUGGAGCAAGUGGUGUGCUCAACAUCGGGGUUGCCCCAGACAAAUUGGUCGCGAUGGCAAAGGACAAUUUCGAGCGCAUCGGUGGCGUAGUCAUGGAAUUUUGCAAAGUGGAGCAAGUUGAAGUGGGACCCGAUGCCGUCAAAAUAAGUGUUGGAAAGCGGAAGAACCUUACCGUGAGCGGUUCAUUGGGCGCAGGCGGUGUGGGUCUAAUAGGUACUGAGGAAGGUGGGGAGGAUAUGUCUGUGAGCGCCCGCGUGCUCGUCGAUGCCAUGGGUGCUUUCUCUCCGAUUGCGGCGCAAGCGAGGAAUUUUCGCAAGCCAGAUGGUGUGUGCAUCACAGUGGGAAGCUGUAUGACUGGAGAUUGGCCCGCGAACGAGACUGGAGAUCUUAUUUAUUCGUUCCAGCCGAUUGACAAGAGGAGAUCUGCGCAGUACUUCUGGGAGGCGUUCCCAGUGGGGAGAGAGAAGGCCGCAAGGACUACAUAUAUGUUUACGUAUGGGCCGUGCGCCGAGGGUAGACAAAGCUUGACGGAGGCAUUGGAGGACUAUUUGGAGUAUUUGCCAACAUAUCAAGGUAUUCGGAUGGAAGAAAUGGCGUUGAAACGAGUGCUUUUUGGGUUCUUUCCGUCGUACUAUCGCGACAGCCCCACUGACGUCAAGUUUGACAGAAUAUUGUCAGUUGGCGACGCAGGGGGCCUUCAGUCUCCAAUAAGCUUUGGUGGUUUUGGGUGUUGUUUGCGGCAUUUGAGUCGCAUCUCCGGUGCUCUUGACGAAGCUCUGCGCAUCAAGAAUGAUUCACUGCUGUCAAAGGAAAAGCUUCAAACGUUGCAGUGGUACUUACCUUCCUUAUCCGUGUCUGGGUUAUUCAAUAGGGCCAUGUCUGUACAACCGGGUCAAACCACGGCAGGCCCGUUGUUGGACGAGUUUGGUAUAAACGAGGUUUUAUGGUCGAACAUGAAAGCCAUGUCUGAUCUUGGCGAAGACGUUCAACGCCCAUUUCUGCAAGAUAUCGUCACUGCUGGUGGGUUGACUAAGACUCUAGCUUCCAUGGCUAUUCGGAAUCCUGUCCUUGCUAUCAAGAUGACCCCGUUUCUUGGACCUUCAGAACUGAUAUCAUGGAGCGGACAUUUCUUUGCCCUUAUCAGCUACUCGUUUGCCAUACCUGCCCUCCUCGGUGUACGCAGUUUGUUGGAGAGAACCAGUGUGCUCUCGGAUACGCAACGCUUUCUUUUGAAUCGUAUGAUUGACACAGCGAUAUACGGAAGCGGAAAGGAUGCUGAAAUCCACUUCAACACGAGAUCUUAG